UGUCAAGAGGAGUAGGAUGCCAGCACGGAUCUCCGAUAGGGUACCCAGAACUGAACAGCCUAACUGCUCCAACUUUCAGUCUCUCUGACAGCACGGCUGAACCACCGGCGCGCCUUCCCUGACGACUCCGCUUCCCGCCAAGCGAAAGCGCCACCCGCGCUGCCCCCAUUGACGCCUUCCUCCUCAACAGGAUGAACUCCUGCAACUGCAACCAUGAACCAACCAUACUGCUAGUACUGCCUGCACCUCACCAGUGCUUGAUUCUCAAUACUGAUAGAAUGUCCUGAGCAAGUGAGGCUGCGGUCCGCUCCACUGGCCAGCUGUGUGUUCUUGCUUCCUGGCUUCCUGCUCGGCUUCCUUGCUCCUGUCAUCGUGUCUUGGCUGAUGGCUAGCAAUGCAUCCCUAUGGUGCCUGAAGAAUUGCACAGCCUGAUCAACCAGGAACUGGAAAAGAAAAGUUGUUCUUGAUUGUUUUCACACAAGGGAGGAGCUGAAGAACAGGCAACAGGCAUCAGGGAACAAUGGCUGAAAUGGAAGAAGCUCUGAGAUCCUGCAUGGAGCGGCUGGUCAUCGCCCGAGAAGAGCGGGAGCAGAUCAUCGUGGAGGCGGCCAACGAGAUAUCGUCCGAGAAGAAGAAAGCGCGCGAGCUCCAGCAGAAGCUGGAGGACGCGAACAAGAAGGCCGCGAAGCUCGCCGCCGAGAACAACAGCCUCCGCAAGGCCGUCGUCGCCAAGGACGCCCUGAUCGGGGAGCUCCGGGAGUCCGAGGCGGCCGCGGUCGGCAAGCUCGCCGACGCGACGGCGAGGCUGGAGUCGGCGCAGAAGCAGGCCGGGUCGCUGCAGUACGAGGUGCGCAUGCUGCAGCAGGAGCUCGAGGUCCGGGGCCGGGAGCGCGAGUACGACCUCAAGUCCGCCGACGCCGCGCGCCGGCAGCAGGAGGAGCACCUGAGGCGGAUCGCGCAGCUGGAGGCCGAGUGCCAGCGGCUGCGCGGCAUGGUCCGCAAACGGCUGCCCGGGCCGGCGGCGAUCGCCAAGAUGAGGGACGAGGUCGAGCAGCCGCAGCAGGCCCCCACCACCGCCAGCCCGAGGCGGCCGCGCCCCGCGACGCCCUCCUCGCCGCGGUCGGCCGCGCCGUUCUCGCCGCGGACGCCGUCGCCGUCGCCGUCGCCGCGUCGCUCGGCGUCGGACGCCGAGGGCUACGCGUUCAAGCUCCGCGCCGUCGAGGACGAGAACAGGGCGCUGAAGCAGGCGCUCGCCAAGAGGGAGGGCGAGCUGCAGUUCGUGCAGAUGAAGUACGCCGACGAGGCCUGCAAGCUGACGGUGGUGCAGAGGCAGCUCAGGGACCUGACGGAGGAGAACAAGCAGCUGAGCGAUGCUAACUGUCAGUCGGAGUCUUGGGCCUCUGCUCUGAUUUCUGAACUGGAGCAGUUCAGGGCUGCCAGCCAGAGCGUUGCAUCCAUCAUGGCGUCAUCUGAGAUGAACUUGCUCCAUGAUUUCGCUGAGAUUGAGAAAAUGGAGAUGGCAUCAGGUGAUCUGAAUGGAAAUGUGGCGCUUGCAUCUCUGAAGAAGGCGGAUACGACACCGGUAGAGCCAGAGAAAAGUGGCAAUGAUCCUGUCGUGAAUGGUACCAUCAUCCCCAAUGGCCAUCCUGAAAGAGUUCAUGAUAUUUGGAACCUGGUAGUGCGUAAGCAUGAAGCAAGUGGAGAAAGUAUUGAAACCAUUCUUGAUGAGAUUCAGAAGGCGAUCUCUGACAAGAGAGAAGAUUCAGAGUUACCAUAUGACUGGUCUGAAAUUGAGAAGACUGUAAGAGAUCUGAUCGAGAAAAUCACUUCCAUGAUUGGCACAUCUGCAGGGGAUAAUGUUGCAAGAUCAGGACCACUGUCACUUGACAAGUCUGAACUUUGCAGUCGCUUUGAGCACCUGGUUCAGGUCUGUCAUGAUCUAUUACAUGGGGAAGCUAAACUUGAAAAGUUCAUUGACGAGGUUUGUCUGAUCCUGAAGUACAUUUUGGGCCAAUACUUAUCGAACCAAGAUCUAGCUGACACCGUGGAUAGUGAUGAAAAGAAGUUUGAUGGGGAUAAGUCAACAGCUACAGUCAACACAGAAAGUACUCAGGACAUCCAAAGUGCAAAAACAGCAGUAGCUCUAGAUAUUCAGAAAGAAGCGCAGGAAGGGACAAACCAGUCAGAUGAAGGCCAUAUAAUGGCCAGUGAUCAAGAGAAGCUGGAUGAAGAACUCGCACAAGUUGUACUUGCUCAGGAUGAUAAUAUCCUGCCCGGAAGAAAAUCAGCCUGCUGUGAUGAGAUAGAAAGUCUUGCUGAGGCAAGUGUGCAACAUUGGGCAGCUCAAGAGGAAAGCCAUGUGGCAACAGACUCAGAAAUCCUCGCAGCAGCUGACAAGCUCGCCGAGUGCCAGGAGACGAUCACGAUUCUAAGCAAGCAGCUGCAGGCUCUGAAGAUCCCGGCAACUUCGUCAGGUCCUCUCGACGGCUCCGUCUGCAACCCCAGGCCGAGCUCGGCCAGGUCCGAGUACAAGCCGCAGUCGCUCGCGAGCAUCCUCGCCGAGGAGUUCGCCGCCUACGCCGAGGGCUCCAGCAGGUCUCCUGCUACACCGACGAGGAGCAGGGCACUGGAGCAGAACAAAGCCACUGACGACAAGGAUGCGAUGCAGAUCGUCGUCCACCCGGUGUUCGCCGCCGAACCGCGGCAGGAGGACGACGCUUCCGCUGAUCCGAGGAGGAAGAAGAAGCGGGGUCAGAGCCUGCUGGGCAGGAUCAUGUUCAGGAAGAGGGUGGAAGGCAGCUCCUAGGCUGACUGCGCCGAAGCUGAAUCGACAUGGUGGGCACACUCUGGAACCUGCAGCUGUGCCGUGGAUACAACUAUACAAGCAGUACUGCUACGUUGUGAUCAGUGAUUUUGGGCUUGUUCUGUUCAACACAUUCCUUGGAUUUCCUGAUCCCUGAGAGCCAUCCUUUUUGGCCAUACAUUCUGCUUCAGAGGCGGGUGCUGAUGGUAACAGGCUCCGGCACAUGGUGUGAGCUACGUUUCGUCGUGACGUACAUGGACGGAAUUUCUUUGUGUAUUUAUGAACCUCAUGGUUGAUGCGAGUAUUAAUUUAUCGAAGGCGAAUUCGUUCCUUUUUUUUCCCCUUUA